AAAAAAAAAAAAAAAAAAAAACCAACGUCAAUUUAGCCAAUGUCUCGAACCAUCUCAAUGCAAAUCUUGGACUCCAAGCACGUCUGGUCAAGUUGUCAAAACUCACGCUCUCUCUGUAACAUUACUAUAUUGCUUUGCUUUACUCCUAACGCCAACUCACCCCCACCCCCGCACCCCACCCCUCUCCAUGUCAUUCAUCCUUAUUCCCUUUCCUCUCUAACUUGCAGUCUAUCUAUACAUUCACACAACCUAUAUCUAUAUAUACGAAAAUGUUCCUAAAUUUAUUUUUUUCCCCGUCAAAUUCGACAUUUGUCACACACAUUUUACAUUUUCUUUUAAUAUAAAUACAAAAUCGUUACCUUCAAUCUAUAUUUCUCUCUCAUCAACAGUUUUGGGGAAAACUUUGGUGAAACAGAGAUCCCUAUUUCUUUCAGCUAAUCAGAUCUUCUUCUCGAUUUCACUCUUUAUACCUUCUUUAUCCUUUUUUUUUCUUUAAAUAAAAAAAAUAAUUCUACUUCAAUUUUUCUUUAUCUCUGUUACUUCGAUUGAAUGAUUCUUCUUGUAUUCCUCACUUCUUCGGUGUGAACAAAAAAAAAAAACAAAUUGCUGGAUUUGUUUCAGUCAAAAUUAGGGUUUCGAAUAGAGGAAAUUUUGUCUGAUGAUUAUAAAGAAGAGCUUGAAAACGGUAAUGCCGAGUUUGAAACGGUGUCGUAUAAGUGAAGAUGACGACGACUUUUCUAUUAAUAGAAAGAAAAGGAAGAGUAAUAGUAGUAGUAGUGGUUAUUACCCUUUACAUCUACUUGGUGACGUGGCAGCCGGUCUAAUUCCGUUCGGUUUUCAGAGAAUUUUAUCAGCCGCCAACGGUGGAGGUAACGGCGGAGCUACGGCGGCGUUAAAUUCUAUGCCGAAACAGAGGAGGAAUGAUCCAGUACAUGAGGCUUCACGGCCACCAUUAGUGAGGACUUCACGUGGCCGUGUUCAGGUACUUCCAUCUAGAUUUAAUGAUUCGGUUCUUGAUAAUUGGAAGAAAGAGAAGAGUAAAACUACUGUUAAAGAAUCGAAUUUGGACCCUGAAUUUAAUCCCUAUAGAGAAAAGGUUAGCUUGAGAAAUGCUAAACGUGAAAUUGGAACAACUAAGAAAUGUCGUGUGUUUUCGCCCGAUGGAACAGUAGAAAUCGGGUGUAAUGGGUCGAAGAGGAAGUAUUCUAGUUCACGUAGUACAUUAACGUCGUUUAAUGGGGAGUGUGAUGAAGAUAUAGAUGAUGGAAUGGUGAAGGUGGAGGGAGGGAAGAGAGGUGAUAAGUUUGGUGGUGAGGAUUUUAGUUCAGGUGAUAUAGUUUGGGCGAUAUCUGGAAGACAUUGUCCUGCUUGGCCUGCUAUUGUUCUUGAUUCGGAAACACAAGCUCCUCAACAAGUUCUGAAUUAUCGUGUUGCUGGAACAGUCUGUGUCAUGUUCUUUGGUUACUCUGGGAAUGGCACUCAAAGGGAUUAUGCAUGGAUUAGGCGUGGGAUGCUGUUUCCAUUUCUGGAACAUGUAGACAGGUUUCAGGGCCAGACUGACUUGAACGACAGCACGCCCGCUGAUCUUCGCGCUGCCAUAGAAGAGGCAUUUCUUGCCGAAAAUGGCGUUGUUGAGAUGUUGAUGGUUGAAAUAAAUGCAGCAGCUGGCAAUCUAGAUUAUCUCCGGUCUCUUCCCCGAGGAGUAUUUGAGGCCUCUGACUCAAAUCAGGACCAAGAGUGUUACUCUCCAAGCCAGAAAUUGUUGAAGAAGAAAGAACUUGACUCUUGUGAUGCUUGUGGAUCAAGUCUUUCUUCUAAGCCAUCCAGGAAAUUGAACGAGGGUCAUCGACUGUGUACUGCUUGUGCGAGGCUAAAGAAGAUAAAACAUUUUUGUGGCAUAUGCAAGAAGAUUCGGAAUCCCUCAGAUAGUGGAACUUGGGUACGUUGUGAUGGUUGCAAAGUGUGGGUGCAUGCUGAGUGCGACAAAAUUUCAAGCAGAAGUUUAAAAGAGCUGAGUACCUCUGAUUACUAUUGUCCAGAAUGCAGAGCAAGAUUCAACUUUGAAUUGUCAGACUCAGAAAACAUGAAUUCUAAGGCUAAAAACAACAAAAAUGAUUGUCAGACAGUAGCAUUGCCAGAUAAGGUUUCUGUUAUCUGUUCAGGAGUGGAAGGCGUUUAUUUCCCAAGGCUUCACCUAGUUGUUUGCAAGUGUGGAUAUUGUGGAGCACAAAAACAGGCACUUAGUGAAUGGGAGCGGCACACAGGUUCUAAAAUAAAAAACUGGAAGACCAGUGUCAGGGUGAAGGGUUCUAUGCUACCUCUAGAACAAUGGAUGCUGCAAAUGGCAGAGUAUCAUGCACAGAAUGUUGUUUCUACCAAAUCGGCUAAACGGCCUCCUUUAAAAGUACGGAGACAAAAGCUGCUUAGCUUUCUCGGAGAAAAAUAUGAACCUGUUUAUGCGAAGUGGACCACGGAAAGGUGUGCAGUAUGUCGAUGGGUUGAAGAUUGGGACUACAACAAAAUUAUUAUAUGCAUUAGGUGUCAAAUUGCUGUUCAUCAAGAAUGCUAUGGAGCAAGAAAUGUUCGUGAUUUCACUUCAUGGGUCUGCAGAUCUUGCGAGACUCCUGAGAUUGAACGGGAGUGUUGUCUUUGUCCUGUGAAAGGAGGUGCUUUGAAGCCCACAGAUAUUAAGCAAUUGUGGGUUCAUAUUACUUGUGCUUGGUUCCAACCUGAAGUUUGUUUUGCUAGUGAUGAGAAAAUGGAGCCUGCGGUUGGAAUUUUGAGAAUCCCUUCAAAUUCUUUUGUGAAGAUAUGUGUGAUCUGCAAACAAAUUCAUGGUUCCUGCACACAAUGUUGCAAGUGCUCUACUUAUUACCAUGCUAUGUGCGCAUCAAGGGCUGGCUAUCGCAUGGAGCUGCACUGCUUGGAGAAAAAUGGAAAACAGGUCACAAGAAUGGUUUCAUAUUGUGCCUACCAUAGGGCUCCUAAUCCGGAUACUGUUCUCAUCAUUCAGACUCCCAAAGGGGUAUUCUCUGCCAGAAGCCUUCUUCAAAACAAUAAGCGCACAGGUUCACGUCUAAUUUCAACAAGCAGACUGAAACUUGAGGAAGCUCCAGCAGUAGAGAUACAAGAGAUUGAGCCAUUCUCUGCAGCAAGGUGCCGUGUUUAUAAUCAAUCGCGUGAUAAGGGAGCUGGAGAAACGGCCAUUGCCCACCAUGUGAGGGGACCCUGUCACCAUUCUUCAAGUUCAAUGCGAAGUUUGAACAAUAUAAAAGAAGUCGAGGGAUCCGAAACAUUUUCUACCUUUAGGGAGCGGCUUCGUGCAUUACAGAGAACAGAAAAUGAGCGUGUUUGCUUUGGUAGAUCUGGGAUACAUAGAUGGGGUCUCUUUGCUCGUAGAGAUAUCCCUGAAGGAGAGAUGGUUCUUGAGUAUCGGGGCGAGCAAGUCAGACGCAGUGUUGCAGAUUUAAGGGAGGCACGGUACCGUGUUGAGGGAAAAGAUUGCUAUCUAUUUAAGAUUAGUGAAGAAGUUGUGGUGGAUGCCACUGAUAAGGGGAACAUUGCACGUUUAAUUAACCAUUCAUGCAUGCCAAACUGCUAUGCAAGGAUCAUGAGUGUAGGAGCUGAUGAGAGUCGGAUUGUACUGAUCGCAAAGGCAAAUGUGGCUGCUGGUGAUGAAUUAACGUAUGACUACUUGUUUGAUCCAGACGAAUGUGAGGAAUUUAAGGUUCCUUGCCUGUGUAAAGCUCCAAACUGCAGAAAGUUCAUGAAUUAGGUUCACAUUCCCAUUAAUUUUUGCCUCCACAAGGAGAUCUAACCAUUAGCUCUGCCACCUGACCUCACAGCUUGCUAAUUAGUGAUUCUAGAGAAUAUAUGUAAUUCUUAGUGUUACGUUUCUUCUAGGGCGGUCUUUCCAUAGAUGAUUUGGGUCAAUAAUAUUGGGAAAGUUGGGUCUUAGUUAUUAUGUAUAGAUUCAGACAAGGCAGAUAUUUUUUCUGCAUCCUUCUGCCGUUAUACAAAUGUAAACUCCUUUGAGCAA